AAAAGACUUGCAUGGUAUCUUGAUUGAUUGGGGCAGCUGAGCAGUGUUUUUGCGGUGCAGCCUAUGACUACCCUCCACGUUUGACAGGAUGCAAGUUUAAUUCUGUGGAGUUGAAAGCGGUCAUUGAGUGAUUGAUCUUCUUCUUUCUUCCCUACAUCCAAGGUCAAAACUAUAGAGCCAUCUCUAUCAAACAUGGACGGUCCCGUUCCCGAUUAUUAUGCAACCCUUGGCGUAAGCCCGAAAGCAUCAGCCGAUGAUAUCAGACAAGCAUACAAACGUGAAUCACUUAGAGCACAUCCAGAUCGAUUCCCAAACGCAUCUGAUGCCGAAAGACAAAGGUAUACUGCACGCUUUCAAUCUUUAGCCGAUGCUUAUUAUGUUCUGUCAGAUUCAACAAGGAGAGCAGAAUAUGAUGGAUUACGUAGAGCACAUGGAGUAGGAUCAUCGCGAACAAGUGCAAGAGCAGGCGCAUCACAACAAACCGGAGCACCUCCUGGUGGAUGGGAAGAAGAUGCAGAAAAAGAACAAGAAUCAAGUUUCAACUUUUUCAAAUCUUUCUUUAAUCAUGCUGCAGGAGCACCGAGUGGAUCGACAAGCGCAGGUGAAAGUGAAGUUCCAAACGAUCAUACAACUUCUGCCGGUCAACCACAGGCAAAUUACGUGUUUGGAGAUGUGUUCGAAGAGCUAUUACGACCAGAAGUGCAUCGUGUGGCACCUAUAUGGAAGUGGGUUGGGAGCGCAAGCGGUGCAGGUCUGGGUUUUAUUUUGGCAAACGUCCCUGGAGCUGUUGGUGGUGCGUUACUUGGAAAUCGGUUGGGAGCUAUUCGUGAUGCUAAAGGCAAGAGUGUAGUAGAGGUAUUCGGGGGCUUGGGAGCAAAUCAAAGAGCAGAAGUAUUGAAAGCUCUGGCCGUCAAAGUGUUGGGCUCUCUGGGAUGAGAAGCUGAACUAUAUAUUACGAUCACCGACUUCAUUACACCGAUAUCCAGCACAUACCCCGUCGAGUUUUAUUUUUGGCUACUUGAUUGAUUUCGCAGCGUCCACUCCAGAUGACACAUCCAAUUUCAUGCAUGUACAGGCUAUAUAUAUUUCAUCAAUGAUAUUCUUUAUGACAAUUGCGUAU